AUGGGUUCUGUUCACAAUGGACGGCUGCCCGCCGCCGGUGCUCCCGGCGUCGGUUACCCUUAUGGCCACUUUGGCCACCUCGAGGAGCACGAGGCAAAGGCUCUUGAGGACUUCAAGAUCCUCCUCGAGGAGAAGGGCGAAUACACCCCCGGCCCCCCCCCAACCACGACGACCCCAAGCUGCUGUACCCGUUUCCUGCGCGCCCGGCGGUGGGUCCCCCAAGAUGCCUACACGCAGUUCAGCGAGAACGAGUCCUUCCGGAAGGCGAACCAGAUAGACGUCCUGUACGACACCAUGGAUGUGGAUGCGUACGAGAAAUCAAAGACAUUGUACCCUAGAUACACAGGACGUCGGGACAAACGUGGCAUGCCUGUCUAUGUUUACCGGAUAUCGCACCUCGACUCCAAGGCUGUUGCGGCCUACGAGAAAGACACACAGUCGACAUACAGCAUGGCCGAGACUGACGGCAAGACACCAGCCAAGUUGUUGCGCUUGGUUGCUCUCUAUGAGGACCUGACGAGCUUCGUCCAGCCGCUGUGCACGCAGUGCCCGGAUCGCGAGCACGCACCGACACCAAUCACUCUCAGCACGAACGUCGUCGACAUCUCCAAUGUCAGCCUGAAGAUGUUCUGGAAUCUACGACAGCACAUGCAAGCGGCCAGUGAGCUUGCGACGUCACACUACCCAGAGACAUUGGACCGGAUUUUCAUCAUCGGCGCGCCUUACUUCUUCUCGACAGUCUGGGGUUGGAUCAAGAAGUGGUUCGACCCAGUGACUGUUUCCAAGAUCUUCAUUCUGACCCCAGCCGAGGUUAUCCCCGUUCUGUCGCAGUUCAUAGAGAUGAGAGACAUUCCCAAGGUAUAUGGUGGCGAGCUUGCGUGGGAGUUCUUCGACGAGCCUGCCUGGGACGAGGGUAUCAUGAAGACGUGCAAAUGGGAAAACGGGCAUACGGCUUUCCCAGUUGGGCCUAAGCGGUGGGAACUGACCGAGGACGGCAAGCAUCUGCAGUGUAUUGCUGUGGGCUACAAGGACGGCCAGCCACGCCGUGAGCUCGUCUGCAAGGUCGCCGUGCUGAACUCUGCCGUGGAGACGACCGAACAGACAACGGCUACCGAGGAUGCGCCCGUUGUUGCCGAAGACGCUCCAGUGGCAGCGACCCCCGCAGUCGCAGCCACUGAAAGCGCAACCACCACCACUGCUCCGGUUGAUGAGAAGACUCCCGGGACGGUCAAGGUCGCCGGCAUGGCCAUCACGGUGAAAGGCGAGGAGGUGUAUAAGGGCGACCACCUGACCACUGCGCCAGUGGAUGAGGUUGAAGCGCUCAAGCUGACCGAUGACGAGGUCAAUGCGCUCAAGGAGAAGAAGGAGGAUGCGGCCGUGCCUACUGCUGCAUAA